UGGCACCCCCAAAUCCCAGUGCCCCCUGUGUCCCACACACCCCACCUAGCCCAGCGCCCCCACAUCCUGCGCCCCCCCCCGUCCAGCCUGGUAUCGCUGUUUUCUGGCACCUCCAAACCCCAGUGAGCCCUCUGUCCUGCACACCCCCCCAACCCGGCACCCCAGCCCCCAUAUCCCAGUGCUCUUGUAUCCCACCGGCCCCCUGUAUCCCCGCACCCCCUAUAUCCCAGCGCCCCCAAACCCUGGCGCCUGCGGCCAGGCAAUGAGCGAGCUCAAGGAUUGCCCGCUGCAGUUCCACGACUUCAAGUCGGUGGAUCACCUGAAAGUCUGCCCGCGCUACACCGCCGUGCUGGCCCGCUCCGAGGAUGAUGGCAUUGGCAUUGAGGAGCUCGACACGCUGCAGCUGGAGCUGGAGACACUGCUGUCCUCGGCCAGCCGCAGGCUGCGGGUGCUGGAGGCAGAGACACAGAUUUUGACAGACUGGCAGGACAAGAAGGGGGACAGGCGGUUCCUGAAGCUGGGCAAAGAGCAUGAACUGGGCACCCCAGUUAAACAUGGAAAGUCCAAGAAGCAGAAACUAGAGGGAAAGGGUGGUCACGGCACAGGGCCUGGCCCUGGGCGGCCUAAAUCCAAGAACCUCCAGCCCAAGAUCCAAGAAUAUGAGUUUUCAGACGACCCAGUUGACAUGCCUCGGAUCCCCAAAAACGAUGCCCCUAACAGGUUCUGGGCCUCAGUGGAGCCCUACUGUGCUGACCUCACUAGUGAGGAGGUGCGAACCCUGGAGGAGCUGCUCAAACCCCCGGAGGAUGAGGCUGAGCACUACAAGAUCAUGAAAGUCGAGGAGGUUGCUGCUAGCGAGUGCCGAAGACCUGCGGUCAAGCAAUUCCGUGAUUCGAAAAUCAAGUUCCAUCUGCCACACAAAGUUCUGCAUCAUCAGCAUAAACUGUGUUUCACCACCAAGAGACCAAAUACAUUCUUCUAA